AUGGCAGUAUAUAAGAAACUUUGGUGAAGAGAAGAAGUCCAAGACAUGUAUGGACUUUUAUUAAUGUUUAGUCAUAUUUUCGCAGCUUUUUCAAUGAGUUCAAGAGCAAUUUAUCUUUGCUUCACAAGAUGCCCUUUGUCAGUGAACCACCUAGCAUAUUUUAUAACUCACAUUACGAUUAUAUGUAUUGUUAAAUAUUUUGAUAAAAAGAAUUGGAAAAUAAAAGUGAUAAUUGCUGUAUUUGUAACAGAAAUUUAUCACACUAUGUAUAUAUUAUCUUAUUUACUCCCCCCCCCCUCCGUGAGCGAACAAAACCAUUAGAAAAAUCGCCAUUUUUUGACCAAAAACCCACCCUCCGUGAGUGAACAAAAAUUUUUUUAAUAGAAAAAAUUUUAAUGGAAAAAAAUUUUGAUAUAUAAGUGAUAAUUAGUAUAAUGAAAUCUAGAGCUAAUUCUGUUUAAUUUUAAACAAAUUGCGUUUUAAAACAUAAAUUUUGCAAAUUAAAUUAAUAUUUGCUUCCCAAUUUUUGCAAAUUAGGAUCUUUUUAAAUUUCGAAAAAAAAUAUUUUUUAUAAAAUUUAUAUAUAAUUUUUUUUUAAAAAAAACAAUUAACCCCCCUCCGUGAGCGAACAAAAUUUUUUUGUUCGCUCACGGGGGGGGGGGGGGAGUUAGAAGACCCUGGAAACCCCUCGAUGCUCCAAGCAUUUAUUAUGAUUCUCUUGACAACAUUGGAGCUACCAAUGAUCAAAAACAAAAUUCUUUUUAAUUUAUUAUUAGCAAAACACAUAUAUAUCUGGUUUUUGCAUCCCCUGAUAUUUGAAUCAGGUCUCUUUUCAAUGACCGUGAUCCAGUUUAAUUCAAUUUUUGCAAUUUUUCUACUUGGAAAUGUCGCAAUUUAUUGCAAGCAUAAAGUAUCAUUUGAAAAAUUUGAGCUUCUUAAAGAAGUCAAAUUAUCGAAAGAAAGAUUUGAAAUUAUUACGCAAGCUUUUUGUCAUGGAAUAAUUAUAAUAACCGGAGAAGGCAAAAUUGAGUAUUUUAAUUCAAGCGUUUUAAAUUUCUUACAGUGUCUGCCUGAUUGUAUUUAUUCUGAAAUAUCAAAAUAUGAAUAUUCGCCAGGGCGAAAAGUAUCAAACUUCAAUGCGUCAAAAUUUUUAAUUGACGACAUAAAUUAUUCAUAUUAUAAUCUAAAUUCUCAAGAAGCCACACUGGGAGUGACUUUUUAUAAUGAAAUCAACCUUGAGUGAAAAGCAAGGAAAAUUGUCUGAGAAAAUAAAACAGCGAUUUUCCUCACUUCAAGAAAUGUAAAUGAAAUUAUGGAACUUGAAAAAACAGUUACAAAUGAUCAUAUGAAAUCCGUACUUUUAAGGUCAGUGUCGCAUGAACUAAGAACGCCUCUAAAUGCCAUUAGCUUUUUUACAAGCGAAUUAUUGGUCCGCUCUGGUUUUUCGAAAGCCCAAGAAGAAAUGGGAAAACUGAAAAUGAUUUUGACAUCAUCAAAGUUAAUGCUUUCCCUUAUAGAUGAUUUACUUGAUUAUUCUAAAAUAAUUUCUGGAGUUUUUACUAUAAGAAAAACGCAUUUUGAUAUAAGAAAUGUAAUACAGAGUGCAUGUGAACUUAUAAGUCUGCAAGCGAGUAAGAAAAAUUUGAGGCUGAGCUAUAGAAUUGAUCCAAUGAUUCCUGAAAUUGUAUAUACCGAUUCUUUAAGAGUCAAUCAGAUUUUGCUUAAUUUAUUAAGCAAUGCUUUAAAAUUUACACUGAAAGGCUCAAUUGAAGUUUGCUGCAAUAUCAAUUCCAAAAACAGACUGAAAUUUUGUAUUGAAGAUACAGGGAUUGGUAUGUCAGAGCAGACUACUUGUGAGUUAUUCACAGAGUUCAGAACAUCAUACAUCCCAAAUAUAAAUCCUCAAGGUUCUGGGCUUGGUCUUUGAAUAUCAAAUUUCUUAGCCAAACAGCUUGGAAAUGAGCCUAUCAAAGUAAAAUCAUCUCUAGGCAAAGGCUCUCGAUUUCAGUUUUCCAUAGAUAUUUUUCAAGUUACUCCUAUAGAAACUAAGCACUAUAAAGCCUUGCCUGAAGAAAUAGAAAAAUCUCAAGCAUUACAUACAUUACAUUAUGUAGACGGGCUCGUGCCCUUAAUUUUAACGCAAUCACCGAGGAUCCCUUGUGGGAUUCAACCGCUUUGCGACCUUCCUUUCGUCGGGCCUCCUCCUUGUCUCUUGUAAAAGACUCCAGUAUUGAGUGGGCAGUCUACGGGUUUGUCAGCUUCCUGAGGCUGAGGGAAUACGAAGUUGGCAUUCCGAAAUUCCAAAAAAUGGAAUUUCUGGUAGCCUAUCGGCAAAAGGGUAUAGUCCAGAUCCUGGGACGUAACGCCCAGUUUCACGCUAAGCAGUUGCCCGAUUGGUCUAGAUAUUACCUAUAGGCCUUGCUGGGCUUGCCCUUUCCAAAUCUGAACCCUCCUUUCCUUCGAGGUAAAAACCAGUCUCGAAGUUGGACUUGGGCUGGGCUCUGCCUCCUGCAGAAUUGGUUAUCAUAGCAUUGCUGUCCUUUUCAAGGCUAGAAAAACCUGCCAGAUAUAAUUAAAAUACGAAGACGCCAUAUUUUAAUUAUGAAAAAAAAAACUCAAGCAAUUGAAAUUUCAAAAUAUUGUGAAUUCGAAGCUUUAAGAAACGUUGACGUUUUAAUUGUUGAUGAUAAUGAAUUUAAUAGAGUAAUAUUAGCGUCAAUACUUUCCCAAAGCCAUAUCAGCUGUGAUGAAGCUUGCAAUGGAAAAGAUGCCUUAAAUAAAGUACUUGCAUAUAAUAAAAAAGGGGGAACAUAUAAAGCUAUAAUAAUGGAUUGUAAUAUGCCUGAAAUUAAUGGAUUUGAGGCGACAAAAUUAAUUAUAAAAUUGCAAAGAGAUGGGGAUAUCAAAAGUUUGCCAAAUAUUAUUGGAUAUUCAGCUUAUAGCUCUGAUGAAGAUAAAAACGCAUGCUAUGAGUGCGGAAUGAUUGACUAUUUAACAAAGCCUUGCCCACCUGAAGUUGUUAUAAGUACAAUCCAAAAAUAUAUUCAAUAG